UCACGCAGGGAGAGCGUCACCGCCUUCUAGCCAUCCGUCCAGUGCUCGUCGCCGUCGCCUCCGCCGUCUCUCGUCUCGUGUGGCAGUUUCCCCAUCGCUCAAGUCGUCCACUGCCGCUGUUUCACCUCAUUCACAGUUCAUUCCCCCUCUCUCUCUCUCUCUCUCCCCCUGCAACUUCCAUGGCCACCGCAGCUUCCACUUCACCUCCACUAGCGCCUGCAUUCCCCAACCGCAGUUUCUCCCUCGCUCCUUCCCAGUCGCCCUUCAUUUGCUCUCCCGCCUCCAACUGCCUCCAUGCCCCCGCCCUCCACCUGAGCCGCCCCAGGAUCGCCCCCAUCGGCGGUCGUGGAACGGCGUUGUGCAGGGCGACCGAGGUCUCCUUGGCGGACAAUGAGCCUUCUCCUUCUUCUUCUUCGUCUUCGUCGAGCGGUGCCGGCGACAACUGGGUUCCCGUUGUGCCCCUAACGGCGCUUCCCAGAGGAGAGCGGAGGGUGAUUAUACAGGACGGGGAGACGAUACUGUUGCUGUGGUACAAGGACCAAGUGUUCGCCAUCGAGAACAGGUCGCCCGCGGAGGGCGCUUACAGUGAGGGAUUGCUCAAUGCCAAGCUCACCCAGGAUGGCUGUAUCGUUUGUCCAACAACUGAUAGUACGUUUGAUCUACGAAGUGGGGCUAUCAAGGAAUGGUACCCGAAAAACCCUGUACUUAGAGCAUUGACUCCCGCUUUGAGGAAACUCUUUGUUUAUCCCGUGAAAACCGAUGAAGAGAACAUCUUCAUUAACAUGAAAGGGACUGCGAGAUCUGAUGCAUCUGCGGAGAUAGUCUUUAGUGGGAAGGCUCAACCUGGUGUUACUGCUAUGGAUGUCAAUGUGGACGAGGUGAGAAUGGUGGUUGAUGAAGAUCUUGAGGGGUUUGGUUUCACCAGGAAGAAUGAACUGAUAAAUGGGAAAGCUGCCGUAAUCGGUUUUCUCUUCUUGUUGGAUUUCGAACUGCUGACCGGGAAAGGGCUUCUUAAAGGAACUGGAUUUCUGGACUUCGUUUACGCUGUUUCAAAUGCUCUCAAGUAAAUAUCAAAGUCUUUCGAGGUUGAGAAGGAAGUCCCUGAUCAGUGGGGCUUUUAUGUCAUACCCUUCUUAUCUGUAGGCACAUUAAUCUGUUGAAGAUGCAUAGAAGAUGCUUAGAAGUAUACUGCAUUCUGAAUUUAAUACUCUCGUUCACACAUUUAAUUCUUUCACGUCAAUAUGUACUCGAAGUUCCUCACGGGGAUAAUGAACAAGAUUUGCCUUGCUGUCUUGAUUAGCCAAACCAAACAGCA